UCCUUCACCUCUGACCACCCUGAGCCAUCACAGAGAAGCGUCCGCUGCGCACACCCAGGUCCUUUUCAUCUAUCUGUGAGCCGUCACAACUCGUACUGUCGUACAGUAUACUUGCGCGCCGAACCAGUCGCCCAUGUCGUCCAUGGUGUCCCGAGCCGCGGCCGCGGCCGCGCUGCGGUGCCACGUCCGCCGCCCCGGUCCCGCCUUCUCCCGCCCCGCCUCCACGUCGGCGGCCACCGCCGAGCACCACGCGGGCCACAGUAGGGCCAGCGGCAGGCUCCCCCGCGGCGACUACGUGCCGGUGUACGUGGCGCUGGGCCUGAUCGCGCUGUCGGUGACGCUGGGCCUGCACACGGCGCGGCAGCAGCUUGCGUACGCGCCCAACGUGUGGGUGGACAAGAAGAAGCGGGAGACGGUGCCGGAGGUGGCGGCGCCGGAGCUGGCGCUGGACGAGGCCGAGCAGUUCGUGGACAGGUCGCUCUUCCGCAAGGUCGCAACCGUGCAGGACGACCGCAGCCUCGCCGCCGGCGUCGCUGACCCCGUCGCCGAGUACCCGACGAAGAAAGCGGUGACGCUCAAGGACGUGGGCGUGGAGACGCCGGGCAUCGAGCAGGGCAGGGAGGGCCUUCUCCACAAGAUCUUCAAGAAGAACCACGCUUAGUUUAAGUGCAACGGAUGCAUGUAUGGAUUGUAUAUAUACUUAGGGUCUGUUUGGGAGGCAUCUAUAUGUUCUCGGAUGAAAUGUUUCAGGUUUAGAUGCUCCCAAUAAAAGGAAACGUUAACGUUUGUAUCAGAAA